ACAAAGGAACAGAAAAAUCUCUAAAUUUUGCACUUUCUUGAUUCCUAGUCUCUAAUUUUAAACAUCCUUUUCGUGGAAACAAACAAAUAAGAUACUUUAGAUUUGGUACAUUUGCACACACUAUAUGGGGAAAUCCCUUCCUCAAGGAUUUGCAAGAAUCAUCAGCUCUAACAGAAUCCACCGUACAUCAAGGAUUAGGCCAUCAAUUUCAUCCACGGAGAGGGAGACACCAAAGUCAAAAGGAGUUGCCGGAGAAUCGUCGGAGCAGCGGCUCAAGAUAAAAUCAAAGAUGGAGGAAGAGAGUUCAAACUCAAAUUCCAAGCCUUUGGCUGAACAGCGGCGGCAUCCGCUUGCCGACGUAGUGGGGGAGUGCGUUAAGCGGUGGUUUCAAGACACUCUUAAGGAGGCUAAAGCUGGGGAUACAGCUAUGCAGGUUCUUGUGGGUCAGAUGUAUUAUAGUGGCUAUGGCAUCCCUAGAGACCCGCAAAAGGGAAGAGCUUGGAUUAACCGAGCUUCAAAGAGUAGGUCUUCAGCAUGGAAAGUGAGUGAUAAACGCCCAGGUUAUAAUGUCAGUGAUUCAGAUUCUGAUGAUACUGUGGAAGAGACAAAGUAAAAUUGAUGUGCUUUUUCUGGGGAAACAAAGCUAUGGCAUUUAUAUUUGUCCUUUGUCAACCACCAGUCCCCGCCGUCUGUAACACAGAGACAUUGAGCUGUCCUUGUGUUCUGAUGAUUCUUACUUUUCUUACGCCGUUGUAGCUCAUGUCCAUAGCAUUAUUUUACAGGACUGAUGUUUUAGCAAGUCGCUUAUUUCUCUGUUCUGUUGGGGCUCUGACCUUGUAAUUGCUUAACUGAAAAAAGGGAAACUAAAGAUGUGAUGUUAAUAUUUUUUGUCUAGUUGGUUAAGUCAGCUUAUGCAUGCA